AUGAGCUUGCCCCUGAACCCCAAGCCCUUCCUGAAUAGGCUGAUGGGGAAGCUGGUGAUGGUGAAGCUGAAGUGGGGGAUGGACUACAAGGGCUACCUGGUGUCUGUCGACGGCUACAUGAACAUGCAGCUUGCAAACACAGAAGAAUACAUAGAUGGUGCAUUGUCAGGACACCUUGAUGAAGUUUUGAUAAGAUGUAACAAUGUCCCGUACAUCAGAGGAGUAGAAGAAGAUGAUGAUAAUGAAUAA